AUGGGGAACGACUCCUUCAUUGCCGAGGGAAUGGCUCCGCCACAAAGGAUCCUCUUUCCCCCGGAGAAGAUUUGCAUGGGCUGGCAGCAACGACAGAGAGCUGGAGCGGGACUCCACAACCUGCACAAUACGUGCUUCCUCAACUCCGUCCUGCAGUGCCUGACGUACACACCCCCUCUGGCCAACUACCUGCUCUCUCGCGAGCACAGCUUGUCGUGUCGCCAGCUAGGCUUCUGCAUGAUGUGCAGAAUGGAAGCGCACGUUAACAUGGUCUUGCGUUCCUCCGCCAGUGCCAUCGAGCCUUGGGCUGUCCUCAGUGUCCUCAAGCGAAUAGGAGAACAUUUCCAGCUUGGCAUGCAGGAAGACGCCCACGAGUUCUUACGCUAUACUGUCGAUGCCAUGCAGAGAGCUUGUCUGAGUGGAAGCAGCGACUUGGACAUCUCUUCUCAAUCAACUACCGUUGUCCAUCAAAUAUUUGGGGGCUUUCUGAGAUCCAGAGUCACGUGCUUGAUCUGCAAAGCGGUUUCUGAUUCCUACGAGACCUUCCUGGAUGUUCCUCUGGAUAUAAAAGCAGCCUCAUCGGUCAGCGCAGCUCUCGAGGACUUUGUGAAACCUGAGCAGCUGGAUGGUGAAAACUGCUUUAAAUGUAGCAAGUGUGACAAGAUGGUUGCCGCCUCAAAGAGGUUUACAAUCCAUCGGGCGCCAAAGGUUCUCACGGUGUGUCUGAAAAGGUUUGACCAUUUCACCGGCGGGAAGAUCAGCAAGGUUGUGGAGUAUCCCAUGUACUUGGAUCUUCGGCCAUACACGUCUCAGACAGCUGGAGAACCGCUCCUCUACUCCUUAUAUGCUGUCCUGGUGCACAGCGGUGGCAGCUGUCAUACAGGACACUAUUUCUGCUACACGAAGGCCAGCAAUGGACUGUGGUACGAGAUGGACGAUUCGUCUGUGGUUCCCUGUGACAUCAACACAGUUCUCAGGCAGCAAGCCUAUUUACUGUUCUAUGUCAGGAACUCACAGGCUUGGCUGGAGCAGAAGAUGCAGGAGCUCAAGGAGACGGCGACUCAGGUGUCUGCUGCCAGGGCGAAUAUACUGCAGGCAGUGCGAGAGGUCCUCAGAGACCAUGGUGUCCAAGAGAAGAGAGAGGAAAUUCUGCAGCUGACUCAGGCGGCAAUUAAGAACGUGCUUGAAAACUACCUCCCGAUGCCUGACUGGGCUCUGGAAGCCAUAGGUGCCACCAUUGAGGAGGAGAGGACAUCCAAGAGUUACGGUGGGCAAGGCAAGAAGAGCUGGUGGCUUUCUCCAUUCGGCUUCUCUUCUGCAAACCCUCCAGAGACGAUCUUGCAGCCCCGUAUGGCCCCUGGCAACUGCUGGGCUUUCCAAGGAUCUCGGGGCCACGUGGUCAUCCGGCUGCCUGAGCAGAUCUGGCCAAGGGCUUUCACCAUCUGGCAUAUCUCCGAGGCAGUCUCUCCUUCCGGGGAAGUCAGCAGCGCCCCCAAAGAGUUUGCCGUCUCCGGCGUGGAUGAGGCAGGGGCAGAAACUCUCCUGGGGACAUUCACCUACGAGGUGCACAAGGAGGUGGCUCAGACGUUCCACGUGCAGAAGGAGCUUCCCAGGACCUUUCGCUACAUCAAAUUCGAGGUGCAGAGCAACUGGGGAAACCCAGAGUACACCUGUGUGUACCGUGUACAGGUUCACGGGAAGAUGGCGAGCCACCACGACCACCCACAGGCCCAAGAUUUCCUUUGA